UUCACCAAUUAACUCGGAUAAAGUCCAGAGUUGUUAGUUUUCAACCUCUCAAACCUGUUUAACUAAUUAAACGUGCGAUAAUGAUGAAUUUAUUGGGGCGUCCCGACAUCGAAGCUGGCGAAGUGUUUGUGAACUUUAAUCAAAAUGUCACAUCUUUGGCAGUAGCUACAAAAUCGGGCUAUAGUUUAUACAGUCUUAGCUCGGUUGAUUUAACUUUGGAUAAAUUGUACAGUUGCCAAACGGAUGAGAUAUUUCUUAUCGAACGUCUUUUCGAAAGCUCUUUGGUUGCGAUUGUCUCUCAACGUUCACCGAGAAAAUUAAAGGUCUGCCACUUUAAGAAACAGAGCGAAAUUUGCAAUUAUUCAUAUUCAAACACUAUAUUAGCUGUUAAAUUGAACCGUGAACGUCUGAUUGUCUGCUUAGAAGAGAGUCUUUACAUUCACAAUAUCCAGGAUAUGAAAGUUGUUCAUACAAUACGUGAUACUCCAUGUAAUGCAAAUGGUCUCUGUGCGCUUUCUUCCUCAUCCGAGCACUGCUAUUUAGCAUAUCCAGGAAGGUAUACGUCUGGCGAAGUUCAGAUUUUCGAUGCUAUAAAUUUACAUGCUAAAACGAUGAUACCUGCUCACGAUUCACCAUUAGCAGCACUGGCAUUUAGCCCGUCUGGUACUGAAAUUGCUACAGCUAGCGAGCGUGGUACUGUAAUUCGAGUUUUCUCUUCGCUUGAUGGCACCAAAUUGUUUGAACUGCGGCGUGGUCUUAAGCGUUGUGUUGCUAUUGCUUCGCUUUCGUUUAGUACGUGCUCUGGAUAUUUAGUUUCUAGUUCAAAUACCGAAACAAUACAUAUAUUUCGUUUGGAUCGAUCGGCUGCCGAACAGGCCGAAUCCAAGCAAUCGACCGAUGACUGGAUGGGUUACUCCCUUUUUAGAUAUCUCAGCAAAACCGUGACUAGUUAUCUACCAACGCAAGUAACGGAUGUAUUUAGCCAAGGCCGCGCAUUUACAUCAGUUACAUUGCCUGAACCUGGUAUUCGGCGUAUGUGUGCAAUAACAACAAUACAAAAGCAAUUAAGGCUUUUAGUGGCUUCACAGGACGGAUACUUGUAUGUAUAUUCAAUUCCUUCAAUUGAGGGCGCUGAAUGUCAGCUUAUUAAGAAGCAUGAUAUACGACUCGACGACUCCUACGCAAUGGAUAUUAAAGUUGAUUCACCGCAACCGCUGGGAGGUGGAGGAGCGUCUGUUACUCAGCAUGCGACUGAAGAAGAGAUAUCUAAGCAGAAUGCAGCUGGUGGGGCAACUUACGCUUCUGCAGUAAAAGGCGAAGAAAAGGCAGUGUUGCCUUAGAUGUGUCGGUCGUUUAAUGAUUCGCUAGUACCACCAUUAACUUCAUAAACUAAGUAUAUGUAUAAGUCUGUCAAUAAACGAAGAUUUAGGGUGCAAAUAAAAAUUCUUAUGGCGGAAUCUACUAGUGCAAAGCAACACAUGAAAACGUAAAGACACGACUACAUACAGCUUUCCCGUCGCUUUGGCGUUCGCCUUGCUUUGACAGCUGAUUCAGAAAAUAUGCAUUUAAAUGAGCGCGUUGACGUGGCCAAAAUUGGCAAUGCUAAUGACAAGACAAAGCAGAAAGAUGGACAGCUACCAAAAUUUCACACGCGCGCUCUGCCAGCUGUUUUUGUUAGUAAUUUAAACUCUAGGGAUCUUCACACCGAGCUCGAUACCUCAUCACUCAGUAGUAUUCCCCAUGUAUUUUGUUAAAGGAAAAUUAUUUUACUGUCGGCAAGCUUGAUAAUUUUUCCUGGUAGCAAGUAUACUGCAAUCAGCUAUUCGGAAUUUACUCAAUUUCAAAUCCGCCUGCUGCUGAAAAGCAUAACGCAUAUGAGUAAGUAAAAGUUAAAUUUUCUGCUACAAUUUAUCUAAUUUUUUUUUUUUUUUUUGGGAAAAAGCUACGAAUCAGUUUUGGGUAAACAUAAUUUACCAUACUAACAAAAGUAAGCUAAAACUGACGUUCACAGUUGAUAAAACGACAGUUUACAGAAACUACCGAAUUGAACGACAAGAAACAAAUAUCAAAAUAACUUCGUUACUGUUCGGAGCUAAGUCAACCCAACAAAGUAUUUUGAUAAUUACCUAAACGAUAACAAACUGAAACAAAUCAUCGUCUUUUUCGGUAAUACCGUUACGUUGCUAGCAAAAGAAACGCAAAAUGGACAGGGUGCCAGCGGGCGAGCAAAAAAAAAACAGGCCUAUAAUUGCCAGGCAGCAAAGUGCUAAUUAUGGGUGU